AUGUCGUCCUCAUACUCAACCUGGUUCCGAAAGGGCGUCGACCCUGGAACUAUUAUCGCUCUUGAUCAACCCCGCCCUUCCCAGUGGAAUAUCCUCGAGAAGCUGAACGAGCAUGACUCUCAGGUCCACAAGGGGGAAAACGAUGCCUUCGGUUGCGGUUCUUUCGCCUCCGCUAAACUCCUAUGCUGUGACCCCCAAGACCGUAUCAAGACAGCGUUCAUGCGAAUCUACGUACAAGUUCCCCAUCGAACCACUGAAAUGGAUGAUGCGGAUACCAGAGGUCAACAAGCCACAACAUUCACCCCGCGAGAACUAACCGCCCUUCUGGAUCUCACUCAAAAGCGCUCAAGUAACACACCAAAGCUUCUUGGAUACAAAUUCGGUACUCAGGAUCGCUCAGGGCUAGUUCCAGGUGGUUUCAUUAUUUGGCUUGUGUGGGAAAUCGUUCCAGGGCUACGCCUCGGCGAUAGUAAUGGCGCAGAUUCAUUUUGGGGUCUCGAAAGCUUCGAGAGAGAGCAAGUUCGCUCAGUAUUUAUUAGGGCUCUUCCCAAGCUAUUCGAGAACGGGUGGUGGCCUAGUGUGCCCAGGGCAAAAGGUCUGGUUUGGAAUCGGGAGACGCAAACACUGUACUUUAUCGGACAGUUCCAUAAGGCCGGUAAACCUAAACGUCCGGUUGAGUUUGGUGCCGUGUGGUUAGCGAUGUUCGACCUCGCCAAACCCGACCCCCCAAUUAGAUAUGAGGAUGAAGACUGUGAUAAAGACACUUCACGCUGGAAAUGGUAG